AUGGGUCCGCUGUGGUACGACACAUCUAGUCACAUAUCGCGCAAGGAGAAUCAUCGCGCGGGGGUCGCGGUGGUCAAAACGAUCACUCCUUUUUCAUCUCACGAUGAGAUUAAGACCAAGUGUGGUUUGCUCUCCGGCGAAAAUGUCAAGUUGAUGUCAGAAACCACUCGGUUGGAAUCUGAGGUUACAAAGUUAUUUGCCCAGGAGAACGAGGAACUUAAGGCCAAAAUUGCUGACCUAUUGGCUCAGGGUGAGAAAGGAAAAGACGCUCCUGCUGAAGGCAAUCAAUCUCUCAACUACUUGGAUUAUCAAACUAUGCCGAAGUUCAAGGGAGAUAUGGAUGCGUGCACUGCCAUCAAUAUUUGCUAG